AAAGGUAAGUAUAAAAGAUUCUAGGCAUUUCUCAAUGUCGCAGUGUUAGACCUAGUCUGACUGCAGAGGUGUGGUGUUUUCACAACUGUAAAUAGUGCAAAGACGGUUCCAAACAACAAUGUCUACGGCUACCGUGACACCAGACCUGACCCCGUCAGGGGCAGUUUCAUCUGCUACAAGUGUAUUCUAUUUCCUGCUUCUGCCUGCUCUUGUGCUAUGGUACGCAUAUUGGACAAUAUCAAGAAAACAUAUGAACGAACUGGCAGAAAAGAUUCCCGGUCCCAAAACUUUGCCUAUUCUAGGAAAUGCUUUAGAAUUUUUAGGAUCAUCCCCAGAAAUUUUCAAAAAUGUGUAUGACAAAUCCUUUGAAUAUGGAAACGUUGUGAAAAUGUGGGCCGGACCAAAACUGUUAAUCUUUUUGAUGGAUCCACGUGAUGUUGAAAUUAUCCUUAGCAGUAAUGUUCAUAUCGACAAAGCCAGUGAAUAUCGGUUUUUCAAACCUUGGUUAGGGGAUGGUCUCCUCAUUUCUACUGGACAAAAAUGGCGAGCACAUCGUAAACUCAUCGCGCCUACAUUCCAUUUGAAUGUAUUGAAAUCUUUUAUCGACCUUUUCAACGCCAACAGUAGAGAGGUUGUCGAAAAACUCAGGAAAGAAAUUGGAAAAGACUUUGAUUGUCACGAUUAUAUGUCCGAAGCCACUGUAGAAAUUCUGUUAGAAACUGCCAUGGGUGUUAGCAAAAAAACUCAAGAUCAAAGUGGCUACGACUACGCCAUGGCUGUCAUGAAAAUGUGCGAUAUUUUGCACCAGCGCCAUACCAAAGUUUGGUUGAGACCCGACAUUAUUUUUAAUUUUACCAAGUAUGCCAAGGCUCAAGAGAAACUUAUUGGUACUAUACAUAAUUUAACACGUAAAGUCAUUAAACGCAAAAGAGUAGAUUUUGAAAAGGGAAUAAGAGGAUCUACUGCUGAUGUACCUGAGGAAUUGAAAACUAAAAAUUAUGAAACCAAGACUACUAACUCUAAAACAGUGGUGGAGGGACUAUCAUACGGGCAGUCUGCUGGCCUUAAAGACGAUUUGGAUGUAGACGAUGAUAUUGGUGAGAAAAAGAGAAUGGCUUUCCUAGAUCUCAUGAUCGAAGCCUCACAGAAUGGAGUAGUUAUUAACGAUGAAGAAAUUAAAGAACAGGUAGAUACUAUCAUGUUUGAGGGACAUGAUACAACUGCAGCCGGUAGCAGCUUUUUCCUCUCCAUGAUGGGUAUUCAUCCGGACAUACAAGAUAAAGUCGUUCAAGAACUUGAUGAGAUAUUUGGUGACUCUAACAGACCAGCAACAUUCGCUGACACCUUGGAGAUGAAAUAUUUAGAACGUUGCCUCAUGGAAACGCUUCGAAUGUACCCACCUGUACCUAUUAUUGCAAGACAACUUAAACAAGAUGUUAAGCUGGCCUCUGGAGACUACACUCUGCCUGCUGGGGCAACCAUUGUCAUUGGCACAUUCAAGAUUCAUCGUCUUGAAGAAAUAUAUCCUAAUCCGAACAAAUUCGACCCUGACAAUUUCCUUCCAGAGCGUACGGCCAAUAGGCAUUAUUAUGCGUUCAUUCCAUUCAGUGCCGGACCCAGGAGUUGUGUGGGACGUAAAUACGCCAUGCUUAAGCUGAAAAUUCUACUUUCGACCAUUUUGAGGAACUAUCGAAUCAAAUCUGACAUAGGAGAAAAAGAAUUCCAACUUCAAGCAGAUAUCAUUUUGAAGCGUGCUGAAGGAUUUAAAAUCAAACUAGAGCCAAGGAAACGACUGGUUAAAUUUUAUGAAGUUGCUAAAGUAAUACCAAGUUUUUCAUACAUAAAUAUAACAACCAUGUUUCUAGCUGGAAUUAUAUUAUUGGCAACAAUUUCCGCGAUAUUAUGUUAUAUAAUUUUUAGAAACAACACUCAUCUGAUUAACAUCCCAAAACCUCCAUGUAGUAUACUGUUGGGACAUAUAUUACAUUUUAAGGAUUCAACAAAGAUUCUGCAAAUACUGACAAAUUACACGAUCCAAUACGGCGGUUUACUAAGGAUUUAUAUGCCACCCACAAAACCCUCAGUAUUAAUAACAGACUCUGAAGUCUUGCAAGUUCUACUAACAUCAAACAAAGAAGUGGCCAAAGCAAAAGACUAUAAUUUUUGUAAGCCAUGGAUGGGCAGCGGACUGCUCACAAGUGAGGUUGAUAAAUGGAAAUGUCACAGAAGAAUAUUGACACCAUGCUUUGGACGUUUAUCGCUGCUAAAGAAUUUUACUGAUGUGUUUGAUUCAUUUGGCAACAUUUUAAUUCAAAAACUCGGAGCAAAAGUGAACAAUAAAGACAUUGACAUAUUUCCAUUAAUAAAAAUGUAUUCACUAGAUGUCUUAUUUGAAACAUCGAUGGGAUUAUCAGUAAAUGCUCAAGAAGAUAUUGAAGGAGAAUACGUAAAAAGUUUGGAGAGAAUGUGUGAAAUUGUGGUUAAUCGUUUAAAGACUCCCUAUAAGAGAUUUAAUUUCAUUUAUCGUUUUACUGAAGAUUACAGAAAACAAACAGAAGCAAUAAAAAUAAUCGAUUCCUUUUUCUAUAAUAUAAUCAAAACUAAAAGGCAAAGUGAUGGAACAAAGAAAAGCAACCAAAAUGUAUUGGAAACGACAUUUUUAGACUUACUUCUAAAGCUUUAUGAAGACGAUGAAUUUACCAUGACUGAUGUUAAAGAUGAAGUUAACACUUUCUUGUUCGGGGGUCACGACACCACCGCCACUGGAAUAGCCUUUACAUUAUAUGCGUUAGCAAGGCACCCAAAAAUUCAGGAAAAGGUAAUAGAGGAACAAUUACAUAUAUUUGGUAAAUUAAAUAAGAACUCUCCAUCUUAUGAAGACCUCCAAAAUAUGAAAUAUUUAGAAAUAGUAAUAUAUGAGGCCUUGAGGUUAUAUCCUCCAAUACCCAUAACAGGCAGAAGGAUCAUAAACGACGUCCAUUUAGGAAAUGGUGUGAUACUACCUAAAAACCUCAAUGUUUGUUUAUUUAUAUACGGAUGUCAUCACAAUCCGAAAUAUUUCCCAGAACCUGAAAAAUUUAAGCCAGAAAGAUUUGAAGGAAAUAACAUUCUACCGUAUACUUUUCUACCAUUUAGUUCUGGGCCACGAAAUUGUAUAGGUAAAAAAUUUGCAAUUUUACAAAUGAAGAGUUGCAUCUCAAAGAUUGUGAGAAAUUUUGAUCUGCAGCCAUCUGACCCAGAGUACAUCUUAGAAUUAGUUCCUCGAAUGACUCUAGCUGCAAGAAAUGGAAUACGCUUAUCUAUUAAAAAAAGGACAUCUGACUAAUAAAUAUAUUUAUAU